AUGAGGUUUCUGUCGUUACUUUCAACUUCAAUCACGUUGUCAUGUGCCCUCCCUGCACUGGCGGCGCGGCCGCUGGAAAACCUCGGCCGUGGCGUGGUGGCCGUCCGCGCAAGUGAGAAAGACACUCUAGUUACCUGGAGACUGCUCGGACUCGAUCCCGAUGGGAUCGGCUUCAACGUCUACCGCGACACAGGCAGCUCGCCGACGAAGCUCAAUAGCGAGGUGCUCACUGGCGGCACCAACUUCGUCGACUCUACCUCUGUUGCGGACGAGGUCAACACCUACUUUGUACGGCCAGUCGUCGAUGGCAAGGAGCAGGAUGCCAGUGGUUCCUUCAGCCUGCCUGCCAAGAACCCAAUCGAACCAAUCGUCCGAGUCCCGAUCCGCAGCGGCGGCGCUGUCAAGUUCGUCUGGGUGGGCGACCUCAAUGGCGACGGCGAGUGGGACUACGUCCUCGACCGGCAGACUUCGCCCCAGACCAUCGAGGCCUAUACGGGCAACGGGACCUUUCUCUGGGAGCUCAACCUGGGCCCGAACAGCGAGAACCAGAACAACAUCGAGCCCGGGCCCUCGGCCGUCAACCUCGGACACUGGGACGGCGUCACCGUGUUCGAUUUCGACAGCGACGGACGCGCCGAGGUCGCCGUGAGGAUCGCCAACGGCGUCAAGUUUGGCGACGGCACGACGUUCGACGAGGGCGAGAGUGACAACCACCAGUUCAUGGCCAUCAUCGACGGGCGAACGGGCGCUCUCCGCGCCUCGGCCCCGGUCCCCACGACUUACAUCUCCGACGGCCCGGUCGCCGCCCGCCUGGGCGCCGGGUUUCUCGAUGGAGACACGCCGCAUCUGGUGGCGUACUUGAAGAACCGCAUCGGGUCCGCCGGCUUCAACCUCAUGUUCGUCGCCUGGACCUUUGACGGCGCCUCCCUCACGCAGAAGUGGAAGUGGGACCGCGGCGACAAGGACUUCCCCGACGGCCACAACACGCGCAUCAUCGACGUCGACGGGGACGGCCGGGACGAGGUCCUGGAGAUCGGCUUCGCGCUCAACGGCGACGGCACGGAACGAUACAGCCUCGCCGGCCAGGGCGUCGUCCACGGCGACCGCUUCCACCUCGCCAAGAUCGACCCGACCCGCGAGGGUCUCCAGGGGUACGGCGUGCAGCAGAGGAACCCGUCCUUCCUGUACGAGUACUACUACGACGGGUCGACGGGGGACAUGAUCUGGAAGCACUCGGGCGACAGCGAGAACGACGUCGGCCGCGGCAUGGUCGGCGACAUCGACCCGACGCACCCGGGCAUGGAGGUGUGGUCGUUCUCCGGGCUGUACAACGCCAAGGAGGACGCCCUCACGAACGCCGAGACGGCGGACGCCGCGCUGGCGCCGUGGCCUCACCUCGGCAUCUGGUGGGACGGCGACGAGCUGCUGGAGCUGUUCAACGACGGCAAGUUCGAGAAGUGGGACUGGGAGAACCCGAGCGCUUCCAACGGCCUGCCCCGGAUCCUCCGCGUGAGCGACUUCGGCGGCGCGCCGUACGGGCGGAACCCGGCCUUCAUCGGCGACAUCCUCGGGGACUGGCGGGAGGAGGUCAUCGUCACCAACGCGGCGGCGGACGAGCUGCUCGUCUUCACGACGGACAAGCCGAGCGACAUCCGCCUGUACACGCUGGCGCACAACCCGGCGUACCGCAACGCCAUGACGCUGAAGGGGUACGUGCAGUCGCAUCACGUCGACUACUUCCUCGGCAAGGGCAUGGAGACGCCGCCGCGGCCGAACAUUCGUUAUGCGGGGGCCAGAUAG